GACUGUAGGGCGAAGGGCCACCGUCCUGUGUCGGACGGCCCCGGCUGACCCACGUGUGCAGGCUCGGGUGUGUGCCGCUGGGAGCAGCACCUUUCCAGCCUUCCCGGCAGACUUUGCCCUGUGCCACCUGUUCAGGUUCCUUCUCAUUACCACUUCCGCUCAGCCAGGUGGCCUGUGCCCUCCCCUCGGGAGCCGCGUCCUGCCCAGCCCUGGGCCCAGGUCUGCUCUCCUCAGCUUCGCCUGCCCCCUCCCCCAGGCCUGGGUCAGCCUUGGGGUGGCAGGGGUUCCGGGGCGCCAGGGCCAUGAGCGCUAACGGCACCUGCGCCCGCCCGCACCUGACCUGGGUGGAGAACGUGGACAAGACGUACACGGGCGCGCUGCUGGUGCUGGGGCUGCUGCUCAACGGCCUGGCGCUCUGGGUGCUCUGCUGCCGGAUGCGGCCCUGGACGGAGACCCGCGUCUACAUGGUCAACCUGGCGGCGGCCGACCUGUGCCUGCUGUGCGCCCUGCCCUUCUUCCUGCACUCCCUCAAGGACACCACGGACACGGUGUCCUGCCAGCUGUCCCAGGGCAUCUACCUGGCCAACAGGUACCUGAGCAUCGGCCUCAUCACCGCCAUCGCCGUGGACCGCUACGUGGCCGUGCGGCACCCGCUGUGCGCCCGAGGGCUCCGCUCCCCGCGCCAGGCCGUGGCCGUGUGCGCGGCGCUCUGGGUGCUGGUGGGCAGCUCGCUGGUGCUUCGCUGGGCCCUGGGGGUGCAGGAGGGCGGCUUCUGCUUCCGGAACCCCUCCCGGCAGAGCGCCGGCACCACGCUCUUCUCGCUGCUGGGCUUCUACCCGCCGCUGGCCGUGCUGGGCUUCUGCUCGCUGCAGGUGGUCGCCGCGCUGGCCCAGCGCCCGGCCUCCGGGCCGCACCAGGCGCAAGCCACCCGGAGGGCCACCCGCAUGGUCUGGGCGAACCUGGCCGUGUUCGUGCUCUGCUUCCUGCCCUUCCACGUGGUGCUGACCGUCUACGCGGCCGCCGGCCGGCCCACCCCCGCCCUCUGCUACGCCCUGUACGUCACGGGCAAGCUCUCGGAUGCCAACUGCUGUCUGGACGCCAUCGGCUACUACUUCAUGGCCAAGGAGUUCCAGGAGGCUACUUUGUUGGCCUCGGUGCCCGUUGCCAAGGCCCACAGGACCCAGGACUCUCUCAGCGUCACCCUCGCCUAGGAGACGGGCACGUCCCCGCCUGCUGGAGGACCCCGGGACUCGCUGUGGCUGCUGGGCACACUCCGGGGGCGGGGCGGAGAUGACCCGGGUCGUGUGACCCCGCCCCCCGGGAUGCCGGAGGGUCGGGACCAGGGCCCGGGGGGCACUGAGGUGUGAGUGAGUCAGUGAGUCGGCGACCCCGGGUCACUGGGCUGUGCCCCCGCGCGCUGUGAGGCCCGGCGGCCAGCCCUCCGCUGCGCCUGGAAUAAAGCUGUG